AUGGCUGAGGUCGCGUCGAGCGACCCAAUCUUUGCCUCGUACAUUCUCGCAACGGCAGCGGACUUGACCGAGGUGCUUGCCCGUACGCAUAUCCACUCGACAUUUGCCCCGAUCGCAGUCCUCUCGCUGAUCCAUGCGGUGCGCAUCAGCCAUGGCACGCGUCUCCUGAGCGGAGGCACGCAAUCGCGUCUGCGCCUCUUUCAGAGCCUCGUUUUGAACCUGAUUGUGCUAUUUGGUGGCUCGACAGUUGUGGCGCUGCUGCUGGGCGCGCCACUGCCGAUCCUCAUCUCGCCGCUGUCGGUGGGCUUCUACUCGUUGGUCCAUGCGGUGCUCUUUUUUUCGGGCGUCGGCAGCGCACUGCUGCGUGCGCACGCCAGCCCACUGGCACUUGCAAUGGACCUCGGUCUUGCGGCGGUCGAUGCCGUGUGCCGCUCAGAAGCCAUCGCCAACUACGCCUUGACGCAGGUCAAGCAGCACACGAAUCCUGCCGUCGCGCACUCGCUCUUUGCGCAGCUCAUUGUCGGCGCACUGCUCAGCGGCGGCGUGCCGCUGCUCGUCGGCGUCUUUCACCUGAACUCGCCGACGGGUCUGUGGUCGUUCGGCACGCCGCCGUGGGUGUUUAACCCGUCGCUGCUGCUGUACCCCGACCUGCUCGGCGGCGCGGUCGUCCCGCUCGUGUUCCUCUGCCUGACGACCAGCGGCGCAGAGGCCUCGAGCUCGUUUGCGUUCCUGCAGGCGGCGCCGGUGCGACAGGCGACGACAAGCAUCCUGAGCCGCUUCUUUGCGGUGCAUCCGUCGAUCGUCGACAAGGAAAAGCCGCUCGGCCACAUCCACAGCCUGCCCUACCUGUCGCAGCGCGAGGCCAAGGCGGUCAGUGCGCUGGUCCUGUACAUGAUCCUUGCUCUGCCUAUCGUCCUGCGCCAUCUCGCAUCCAAGGCGCCCGCGCCGCCCAAGCCGCCGAAAGCCAAGCCCGGCCCCAAGCCCAAGCCCAAGCCCGAGGCCAAGUCGCUCGAGGCCAAGUCGCCCGAGGCCAAGUCGCCCGAGGCCAAGUCGCCCGAGGCCAAGGCAGAAAGCGACAAGCCCGAGGCAAUUUCCUCCGCGACCGAGACGCCGACCGCAUCACCCGCGCCCCGCAAGCGCGGACGGCCACGCAAGAAUUUACCAUAG